AUGGCUACAUUCGUCACACAUAAAAUCAUGGGUACGGCCCUUCAAACAACCGAGAGGUAUACAAACUUGCAAGCACAAGGAGUUGGUGCCUAUGGAGUGAUAUGCUCCGCGCAUGAUUCAAAGGCCAAUCGAACAGUUGCCAUCAAGAAGAUUGGGAAACCUUUCGAUGGCUCUGCCCGGGUGAAGCACACGUAUCGCGAGGUUCAUUUGAUGAACCAUCUAAAACAUGAUAAUGCAUACAUCUUCAUCUCGCCAGCGGAAGAUCUUUAUCUUGUGAUGGACUGUUGUAUGACAGACCUUCAUGCGUUGAUCCAAUCAAGGUCGAAGCCACUGGAGGAACAGUUCGUUCAAUUCUUCACCUACCAACUGCUGCGAGGGCUAAAAUUUAUCCACUCAGCUGGUGUGAUCCAUCGUGAUCUCAAACCCAGCAAUAUAUUGAUCAAAGAAAAUUGCGACUUGAAGAUUUGUGACUUUGGUCUAGCCCGAGAACAAGAUCAUCAGAUGACGGGCUAUGUCUCCACACGAUACUAUCGAGCUCCAGAGAUCAUGUUGACCUGGCAAAGAUACAGCAGCGCAGUGGAUAUUUGGAGCACUGGCUGUGUUCUGGCUGAGAUGCUCCUAGGGAAAGUUCUCCUACCGGGCACAGACAAUGUGCAUCAUUUUAAACUGAUCACUGAGAUCUUUGGGAAGCCACCCAAAGAGAUCAUGGAGAUAGUUUACAGCGAUACUACGAUGAAUUUUGUGAACUCUUUACCUGGAACAGAGUCUCGGUCGCUUGGAACCAUCCUGGGAGAUGUUGAUCCUGAAGCCAUUGAUCUCUUGGAGAAAAUGCUCGAAAUGAACCCACAAAAGAGAAUCACGGCGGCAGAUGCCCUAACCCAUCCUUACGUUUCGACCUAUUCGGACCCCAACGACGAACCCGAAUGUGAAAAACAACUAAAUUUGUCUUGGCUAGAUUCAGACAUGACAACGGAUGGAUGGAAAAGUAAAAUGGUUUUCGAGAUUUUGAAUUUCCACACUGGUUUUUACAACUGGGAGGGUACUGACCCCAACGCCUACAAGGGAAGAUUUGAGGAUUGGCUACGCACUGAGAUAACGGUGGGUACAUAUUAA